AUGUCCAAUAAUGCUAACAUAAAUGAUCCUAAUGCCAAGCGUAAGAUUUUGCAUUGAUUUUUCGCUUUUUAGGUAGCAAGGUGAAUGUAAGAGUACGUUUUAGCACCUCACAAGUCGAAAAUCCCUCUUCCUCUGCGAAGAACACCACUGGAUCAACGAGUUCUCCCACCAGUCCACUCUAUCAAGCCAACAGGAGCAAGCGGAAAGUGUAAGAUCGUCUCUUUCUUCUUCAUGUUUAGAUAACAUUGGGGUCAUUCAAGCAUCUUGUUUUAGCCAAGAGAACAGUCAGAAGAAGGAAGAUUAUCAAGCGAGACGAAACGCUAGCUGGAUAUGCGGCGGACGAUUCCAGCGUUGAAACUUCGACGAUCUCAUUCUUCGAGCAAACUAUAGCUGAUUUGAAGGAAAAUAAGCGGUCUUUGUGCAGUACGUUUUUACUGUUAUUUACUUUACUUCUGUUUUUAGUGGUUCAACCAGUUGUAAAUGGUCUUCGUCCAGCGACGAAUGGUGCAGGGACUUCCAAAUCCGAGGGUCUUCCACCAGCAGGUAGGAUAAUAUAAUUUAGCUGACAAGACUAGUUUUUGGGGAAGUUUUGGAUAUUUUCUUGUUCUAACUGACAUUUGAAUGCCGUUUUAGAUCAAAUGAACAUCACUCCAUGCAACUUCCCGUCUGCAAAAACCUUUCUUCAGAAGAAACUUUCAAUAGAUAGAGGUAAUUUUCCACAGAUGCAGACUUCAACUAAGAGCACGAAGUUGGAGUCCACACGUCUCUCAUCCGUGGAAACUGCCGAUUGCACUGAUAUAAACUUAUCCGCCGUCUCUAAUGUUGGAGAACGCCCGUUUGAAGCCACUUUUAUUGCGGAAUCUGAAAAGAAAACAAGCGCCCCAACUGAUUCGACGAGCCGUUACAUACUCUCUGAUAUUUCAACUCCUCAGAAGGCAGAUUCUCAAGGCAACAGUGCUUUCGGGACCUUCCAAAUCAACGACGAUAUUGGUCAUGAAGAAGAGGUCACAAUGAAGCCAGAACGUCCAAAAAAACCGAGGAAGGCCAAAUCAGCUAAUCAGAAGGAGAAAAACGAAGUUUGCAGAGACAGGUCGAAUAAUACGAGAGGAUUUGGAAGUCAUGGAGAAGGUAAAAAAAUGUCAAAUAGAAGAGGAAAGAGAGCUCCAAGUGUGAAAGAUGUGGAACAAGAAGAGAGAACAUAUCUUGUUGAUGAAGAAAAACAUGACAGAUCCCGGGAUGUCGCUGUAGCCAAGCCAUGUCACACUAAAAUUAGUAGAGUUCAUGUCGAAAUUGAUGUUCAAGUUGAGAAUUUGGACGAGGAUGAAGAGAUGAUGGCCAAUACUGAUGUCUUCAGCCGUCUGAGAGUCGAUGAAGUCUAUGACAUUCUAGAAAGCCCAGAAGAAAAGAAAACAGCUCCGGUCAAUCGAUUUUCCAGCUUCAAAUUGGUUGACCAGGACGAUUUUUCAUUUGGAUUAGAAGAUAAGGAAAACAGUGUCAGAAGAGAAGAGACUAUGUCACAAAAUGUGGUAUCAGAAAAGGAUCAAAGCAAGGAGAAGGAGGAGAAAUCGUUGGAGAAGAGUGACGAGUCGAUCGAAGAAUCGGAAGAGGAAUUGGAUGAAGAAGAAGAUGAUUUGGUGGAGGAAGAGAUCGAAUAUGAAGAGGAAGAUGAGUUUGAAGAGGAACUGGAGGAUGAAGAAGCCAAGGAAAGGGAUUGUGAGUCGCUUAUAUUGUUUUAGAUAGUCUAAAAAUUUAUUUGUAAACUUUUUUUUGUUAAUUUUUACUGUUUUUUCAGGUCUCAGAAUGACUUUCUUUAAUUUGACGUCAACCCAAGUUCAAGAUUCGGAUUCUAGCGUCAGCAUUGACGAUGAUUUUGUCCCCGCAUCGGAUUCGGAAACCGAAUUUGAUGUCAAAGAAGACAUGGAGAAGAUAAGGAAGUGUCAUAAUCCCUGCAAAGACGACUUCUUCGACUUUUGUAAGUUACAAAAUAGCAAUGAAAUAGUGUUUUAGUCGCCAAAAAAGAUUUGAAAGAUGAUAGUGGUGAAGUGUCGGACAUGGAUUACGAUGAUGAUUCGUCGACAACGGUCACUACGCUCACGCUGGCAUCUCAAGAUUUGGCUUCUCAAGAACCGGAGAAGCCACAAGAAAGAAGGAGAGUCUCGGAUUCAUCGGUUGAGACCCUGGAUUUGUCCAGCACCAAGAGAGAAUACGACCCGAAACUUGAAAGAAUUGGAGAUGAAGAAAAAACUUUGAAUAUUGAAGGUAUAUCUAUGGAUGAUACGGUAAAAGGAGAGCAAGUCGAUUUUGAGGAGGAGCUUGACGAAGAAAGUGGAGAAGUUGAGAACUUGGAAGAAGAAAGCGAGCCCAGAGAGGAAAAGGUAACGAUUUGGAGUGUUUUCGGAUGGUUUAGGGGAUUCUUGGAGAUAAUAUUAAGGAAAGUUUGAUUUUGUUUGUUGCUUCUGAGCUGUAGGUUGAUUUGGACGUAUAAUAAGUUUGAUUUUAUCGAAUUUUCUUGACAGGCGAAGUACUCCAAGUGCGACGCUCAGAUUUUCUUUAAAUUUUGCACACACGUCGGGUAUGGACUAAAUAAUAAUCCCUGAAAGUUUUAGCUCGCGCUUUGCGCGCCGCCGAGAGAGCACGCUAAACGUAGAGAGCGGUCAGAGACAAAAACGCUUUUUGGCCAUAACUUUGGCAGUUUCGUGCGGAAAAAAUUGAUUUUUUGUAGAAACAUUAUCCUUUACGGUAGAAAUGGGCACGAAACUUUUCGUGCCGGAAUUCGGCAAAAAGUCUUAAAUUUUGGCCGACUUUCGAUCUAAAAAUCUCGGUUGUUUCUGCAAAGCGCGAGCUAGGAUUCUCGCAUAUAUCUUAGGAAAAAUUAUUCUAAAUUUAUGCCUAGUUUCAUCGAAAUGUCAUCGUCGCACUUGGAGUACUUCCCUUGUAAGUUUUGAUAUCAAUCUGUCGGGGAAAAUAACGGCGGAUUGUCGCAGCAAAAUGUCUCGCCUCGCCGCUAUCGCGCACCAAAUCCCAAGUCGCGGCUUGCAGUCGCAAAGCGAUGAUGGGCGAUUCGGAGGCGCGAUGAUCAGCCGUUAUUUUCCCGACAGACUGAUACUAGUUUACCUUAUUCAAGGUGCAGUCCUGACAUUUUUUAAAUUUAAUUGAGUGUUUUGGUAUGAGGCUACUAUUAUAUUGGAUGAAAUUGAGGAUCAUUAAGUUUCAGACCGACGGAACGAUGAACCGAGCCAUUGCCCUGGAAAGUGGAUCCAAUCUCACCGACCUUAUGGAUAAUAUGACUGUAAGAGGAGAUGAUAUGAAAAGUAGCGGUGUUUCUGCUAACUCAACUUUGAAGGGCUCAAAAAAGGAGAAAUCUGCGACUAGCACAGAGAAAUCGACCACUAGCGAUGUGAUUACGACAGAUUCGGAGGAAAGUGAGUACGAGGUUUCUAAUUAUGAAUCCUCAAAAUCUUCGACCAAUUCCGAGGAGAAGGAAAAGAAUGGCAGAGGAACCUAUGUGGUGAAGAAGGGAGUCUCUUCCUUCAGGAAAUUGCCGGUUAUUACGAAUGAAAAUGAGAAUGAACAAGGUGAAGAUGAAGAUUUGGAAGAAACGAUGAGUGAUGCUACUGAAGAUGGGGAAGAAACUGAUAGAAAUGAAGCGGAAAGAACCGUGGAAUCAGAAUCUUGGUCAGAGACUUUGAAAUCGAACGAUCGAAGCAAGAUUUUGAUCAAUAAAAGUGUCAGUCGAGGAGGAAAACCGAUCAAAAAGAGUGGAAUAACAGAGGAAUUGGAUGGAGAAGAACGAAAAGUUGAUGGGAACGGCUUUGGAAGUAGCUCGGAAAGCCGAGUUUUCGAUUGUAAGUUGAGUUUUAAAUUGAAAAAAAAAUAUUUUUUUAGUGCCUGAAAAAGAUGUCAAAUUCCUGAAUGAAAUCCAAGGCAUCGUUUUGAACAAGGAUAAUCGAAUCCACCUAUCAAGGAAGCUCUUUUCGUUAUUCAAUAAAGCGAUUUUUGAAGAUAAGGUGAGCUUUUUGACCAUUGAAACUGAGACUUUGAAGAUUUUUUUCAAAUUUUUGGAGUUUUGGUUGUUUCCGUAUCUAAAUUAAGGUCUUUAGAUCCCUAAAUCAUUGCAAUUGGAGUGGAAUGGUCGCAUCUCAAAGCACGCCGGUCUAUAUGUAGCUGGCGAUACCCCCAAAUAUGACGUCAUCAAAUUGUCCUCCAAGAUUUUGAAAACUGGCCUCAGGGCAGAGAACACCCUGCUUCAUGAGAUGUGCCAUGCGGCAGUGUACCGGCUGGAUUACUCCGAUGAGGUUCAUGGGCCAAGGUUUGCGAAGUGGUAAGGAUUUUUAUCGCAAUUAUGGAUGUUAUGUUGUUGUUGGUCAUGGGCAGAGAUUGCCACGGUCAAAAUUUCGGCUCCGGCUCUUAGCUCCCAGAGCCGGAGCCGAGGCCAAAUUUGCAGCUCCGGCUCUUGGCUCCGUGCAAAACUUAAAAAGGCCUCGGGCUCCGAAUCCCGGCUCCUAUGCAAAAUGUUUUUUUUUAAAUAUUUUUCCAAAAAUAAAAGUUAUUAGUGCCAGAGAUUAUACAGCCAACGUUUUUGCAGUCAAGUCACAUCCUCCGCAGUGUUUUUCAAGCAAUUUGGUUUAACAAGAUCACAAAAUUUUUACUUUUCUGACAGCUGGGAAGCCUGGCUCCGACUUUGGGCUCGGGAGCCGGAGCCGACCCCAAAAUUUCCGGCUCCGGCUCUGGCUCCCGGCUCGGAGCCGGAGCCGCUCAGAGCCGGAGCCAAGAGCCGGCUCCGGAGCCGUGGCAAUCUCUGGUCAUGGGUAAUAUAAUAUUUUUGAUUUCAGGGUAGCAAAAUGCGCCAAAACUCUCCCCAUGCUGCCGGUUCUUUCCGUUAACCACAACUACGAUGAGGACUCGGAUUAUACGUACAUUUGUCAGGAUUUGUGCUGUGGGUUCAGGUAAUGGAAAGGUUUUGAAUUUUUUAGGCCUAGCAAUAGAUUUACACGAAAUUUAAUGGAGACUUAAUCAUAUUUUAUAGAGAAAGUAAGCUGUUGCCUGAAUACGACCUCCAAACAGACCGUUGCCCAAGCUGUUCAAAUGGAUUUCUCAAAGUUUAUCGCCUCGGGGCUCCCUGGAAACGAGCCAGACUCAAUCAUACCACGGGAAAUGUAGAUGUUGUCUUGAUGGAAUCAUAA